CGUAAAUUUUCAAGAGAGAGUGGCAAAGUGCACGAUGCCAUGGCUAAAAAUGAAUGGUGAACUUUCUCAAGUUAUUUUAAUUUGAGAAUGUCCAAAUGAUUACAAGUUUUAAGAAGAUUGCUCUUUCAGAUUGUAAGGACCUACCGGUGAAUACGUGAUUAGGAAAUUGAAAAAUUGCUACAUCAAAGGUAAAGUGACGUCACUGUACAGCUGAUAUAGGUAGUACGUGCCCGUUUGGUGAAACUCGUCAAUGGAACCGUUAUAUUGAGAGAAACAACAGAAUACCAGAGUACGAGUCCAACUCAUCGGUGCGCUUUCAAACUUUGUGAAGAGCGAGGAAUUGUGGGCAUUCUGGGUGUUGUUUUGUGAAUAACAAAGUUUUGCUUCUGUAGUUUGUGAGUCUGUUGAUCUAUAAUCUUAACAGUUAGUUUUUUUUCAUGUAGCUUACGUACGAAGGUCGCCGGUAAAAGUUAGACCAUAUAUAUAAGCCUACUAGAAGUUUAUAUGGCUCUGAGUUGUAUUGAAAUUUAUUUAUGUACUGACAAUGUACAAAUUAGAUGUUUGUAUGUAAGAAAAAAUAAUGUAUAUACUACUAAAUCAUUCAAGAAAUGUUGCACUACUAUCUUCUCUGUUCCACUUUUGUGUUGGGAUGGUCACUCAUUGGCCUGGAGAAAAAAAGUUUGUAUCUGAUUUUAAGAAAAUGAAUAACACCAAAAAAAACAUGUUUAGACAAUUCUUCUGUUGUCUUCAGUUCUGAAUAUUACAAAGUGCAAAGUUAAAUUUAAAGUGUGUAAAGUGAUUAAGUAUAGGUUUCUCCCAUUAAAUGUGGGUAGCUUCUUUGAUUUUAAGAUGAAAAGUUAUGAAAGCGUGACCUAAGAUGUUAAGGCCCCUCACAUUUUCAGACAUCCAUAUAAUUCUCCACAAUAUCACACUCUUUGUUCUGAUGAGUGUUUUUCUUAAAUUCAUUGCAUAUCUGCUUCUAUCCAGACCUUUUGUACCUGAUUCAGAUAGGCAUAUCUCCAGUGAUGACAAAUUUGAACCACCUCUUCAAGGCAUGAUUUGGGAUGACUGAAACUGUCUUCUGAUCAGUUCUUUAGUCAUUUUUAAGUAUUUAAAGCUGUUCGUAUGUCUUGACUGUACUAUGUGAGCUUACUCAAUAGUAUUAUUUUCUUCAAAUUACCCACAAACGUAACUUUUGUUUUGUUACAGAGUUAAAAAUGGCAAUGCGGGAUUUAGUUGAGGGGGAAUGUGGAAGUGCUAAUCCUCUAAUGAAGCUGGCGACUCACUUUACACAAGAUCAGUCAUUUCAUCAGGUUAGCAAACACUUAUUUUCCUUCUACCAUAACUGCUAUCCUAUGCUAAAAUUUGUGCAUUCCUUUGCAAGGGCUGCUUAAAAUUUUUUUUUUGGACUCUUUACCCCUUACACCAUAACGGUAGCAUGCAUAUUCUCUAUACCUCUUCCUGUACAUUUCCUACGAUACAAGUGAGGAGAAUUUGAGCAACAAUCAAGAGCUUCUUAAGUUUGCGAUCAUUUCCUUUAUUCUUGUUACCAUAAUGUUUGAUUCAGGGGUUAUUAUUGUAGGGAGAGUUUAGAUGAUAAUCACUCUCAGGGGGUUUAAAAGCUAACUGCUAGAACUGAGAAGUGACUGAUAUAACUUCUCCUUGAGAUUUCAAUGUGUUGUCUCACAAACAGGUGAUAAGAGACAACCUUAUCAGUCAAUUCCCAUGUCUAUUUUAAAGGAAUUAUGUAGCAAUCUGAAGAAAAAAUAGCUAAUUGGGUCUUGGAAGUGUAACAGUUAACACAAGUCAAUUAUUUGGAAGUGUAACUGUUGAUACUCUCCAGUUACAAAUCUGCCUGUUAUGUUGUAAUUUUGUAAUGAUUCUAUAGAGACAUAAUUCAUAUUUAAGAUGUUGAGAAUCCACAUUCAUAGUAUGAAUUUAUGAUCUGAGUUUCUGUGAAAUUUUUAUUUCUAUAUACAGUUAAUGAUUAUAAUUUUUUAUGUUAUGUGACUCAAAAUAUAUUGUUAACUGUAUUCUUGCACACAGGAGGGUCUUGUGCAAGACAGGUUUGGACCUCCCAGGGAACUGGUAUGAUAAUGUUUUGCACAGUAAUCUUUAAAAAAUGUAUAGGGAAGAAACAGAUAAUUACACAUUUAUUCUUUCAGAGCAACUUUUAAAAAGUAUGUACAGCUCAAAUUAAUUUGACUAAUAUAUAAUAAUUGAUAAAUUGAUAAAUAAUACUAAUACUUCCCAAAGCAAGCAUGUGUAUGUUCUCCCAGGGCCUUUAAAAUUGAAAGUUUUGUGGAUUUAAAGUGUAAAAGAGUUACUUUAUUAUUAUGUCACAAUGACAUUAUGUUGUAUCUUGUCAUUUCUUUUUAUUUUGGGGGGGGAUUUCAUUAAUCUUUUAUUAUCUCAGCUUAGUUAAGCUGAGUUAAAUUGCUUCAGGAGUGCCUUAAUAUUAAUGGAAACAUGUUUAACUAUGACAGGGUGAAAGAGCUUUUCAUGAGGCUCAAGAAGACCAGGUAUUUGUCUUUAACCCUUGGUUUCAAAAGUUCUUUAAAUUUGUUGAAAUAAUGAAAGGCUAAUAUUAUAUGAUUAAUUGGUAUGAAUAGCUACCUAUGGUUGUCUAAUCAGGGCAUUUGUGUCUGAAUUGAACACACUUAAAAAGUUGGUUAAUUCAUUGGGCUUAUCUAUUCCUGUUUUAGUUGGUGUCAGAAUUUCUUCGUGAUCCACGAACACAUGCUCCUCCCCAGUCCUUUCGUAUGGGUGAUUUGCUUCAUGAAAUGAAAGAAAUUGAACAAAGAAACCAGCAUCUUACUCCAGUUAGAGGUGGGUGCUGAGCUAUCAUUUGAUUUGAACAAUGCAGGUUUCAUAUAAAGUUACAGAUUUUUGCCCUGAGUGGUACAUGAAGAUGUCUUGUUAUGAAGUGAAUUCAGUUUUAAUUAUUAAUUUUUUUUUACCAUGUAACUACUGAUUUGGGAAGUAGGAAUAGUACAGUGAUGAGAAUGUAUGUCUUCCACUGCUUUGUCCUGAGUCCAAUCUUGGACUGAUUGUCCCUUUUUAGGUCAAGUCUAUCAUUGUUGUGAAAUAAUUGCUAUAAUUGUGGAUGCAACAAAUACAUCCCGUCUUCUUUUGUGUUUAUAGAAGAUUGAAUUAAUUAUAAAAACAUUAGGGAAGUCGAUACUAUAGUGUUAAUGAUCAUGUUAAUUAUUACUGAUAGUUAAACAACUUGUAAUCCUGUACACAGUAACUGUCAGGAUUGUAAUUAUGGAAUGUGUACCUAAGAUAAGGGAUGGUUUGAGUGUGGCAGAUGUUAGACGGAUGCUAAAGAAUUGCAAUAGAGUGAACCCAUAGAUAAUUGAAGAACAUUACGGGAAUACAGAGAAAGAAAGGAUACUGUCAGAAUUGUGCAUGAUUGUAGAUAUUCCUAACAACUAUGGGAUGAUGUCAUUGCCUGAUGCGUUUUGCCCUGAAAAGUGGUGUGGGAGAUGUGGUGGUCUUAUGAUUAACGCAGUGGACUCUGUUUGAGAAAUCCUGGCUCAAGACCUGGCUGGGUCAUUCUGUUGUGUUUUUGGGAAACAUGUUUAGUGCCCAGUUUCAGCUUUACCUGGCUUAAAUGUGUACCAGCAAACUGUCAAAGAAACCUCAUAAAAUCUUAGGGUGGUUUGGGGAAGGAGGAUGGUGGCCUUCUAUUAAUGCUCCUACACUGUAGUUGCCCGAUGCCACAGACAUGGUGCCUUGUGGGCCACUUGGCUCGAGAACAGUGUUUAGUUUAAUCUCCGUAAAAUUUUUUAAUUAUUUCUUUACUGUCUGCCAUAUAAUUUUUAUGGUGUUCGUUCAGAGAAUUUGAUAUCGGAUCGAUCAAUAUCCUUUAAUUUUUUCUUCCUCAUCAAGCUCCUGGAAUUGCUGAUCUGGCAUCAAGCGAAUGGGCUGCUGAAUACAUGUCAUCUGAGGUGCAACGAGCUGAAGGUAUUUGAAAUUUAGACAUGAAUGUCAAUUUACUGUUUGGGUAACUAUGCAGCUAGUGCUAUACUUACCUCCUGAAGUGCAAAUUGUCAUUACAAGGUUAAGUAUAAGCCUUGUUUGUGAGAUGAAGAAGGCAAUUCAUACAUAAUCUCUAAAAUAAAAGAUGUGGUAUUCCUUAGACUAUUUGCACCCUAACAUCAUCAUGCAUAUUCUCCACACUGUUUGUGAUACAUUUGCCAAGGUGCUGACCAGGAGAAUUUGUCUGACAAUCAAGAGCCUCUUUAGUUGGUGAUCAUUUCCUUUAUUCUUGCGACUUUAAUGUGUGAUUCAGGGGUGAUAUUGUAGGGAGCAUCUAGAUGCUAACAACCAGUAGGUACUCUUAGGGGUCAAAGGGUGAAGUCGUGAAUGGACCUCAGCCUUGAGUUACAUGGUAGAUGAAGUCUCCUUAAAAGGGAGUUUGCUUUCCCAAUCACAAACAAUUAUAUCUCUUGUUUUCAGAAUGGUCAAAAGAAUAUGUACAUGAAACAAGAUUUCAACCAAGAGCUGGUAUGUUACCUUUACUUUUUUAGUUCAUAGACAUAACAUACCAACCAGAAGGUUUUGAAACUAUUAGUAAGACUAACUGGACAUUCUUGAAUGCGUCAGGUGUCCAGGAUUUUCCAACUAAAUGGGCAGAUGAGUACCUGGAGCAUGUUAGGUGAGUGACUGAAUGUUUUAUUUAUGGAUUUCUUAGAAUUAUUUAAGUUAUAAUUUUGACUUUAUUAACCCUUUACACCCUAACAUCAGCAUGGAUGUUCUUCAUACUGUUCUCUAUGCAUUUCCUAAGGUACUUAUAAAGAGAAUUUGUUUGACAAUCAAGAGCUUCUUGAUUUUGCAAUCAUUUCCUUUUUUCUCGUGACGUUAAUGCUUGAUUCAGGGAUGAUAUUGUGGGGAGAAAUAAGAUGCUUAUCACACUUACAGGUUUAAGGUUUAAAUAUGAUUUCCAUUUUUUUUUUACUUUGUAGGGACAUGGGACACGAAGGCCUGGAUGAUGCAGCAUGGUUAGUGUAGUUUAGUUUGUUCUUUUAAAUGAGUCAUCUAAUUUAUCAAAGGUGUAUACAAAUGAUUACAAAAGCUGGUAGAGUUAUACACAUAAAAUAAUAUUGUAAUAAAUUAGUUUUCUUCUGGAAAACAAGCCAUAGAAAUUGCAUUGCAUGAACCCUUUAUACCCAGUAGUUUUUAGAGAGGAAUCUCUCCAUUCAAUAUCCCAUCACAUUCAAAUGGAAAGGUGGUGAGAAGAAAUUAAUUAAAAUGUCAACUGGUGGAUGUUGUUUGAUUUAACACCAAAUUCUAAUGGCAAAAUUGUAAGAAAUGUGUGGUAGACGGUGUUAAAAAUUGAUGUUUCAAUCUUGAGAGUGAAAGUCAAAGCCCUGUAUUUGUGGUGGUGUUUGUUGUAUUUUGGUAUGCAUCACAUUCCUGGUAAGGAAAACAAAAAUCUUAAAACACUAUUUUAUUGAUAUUUCCAGAAUUUUUGUGUUAUUAAUUUGUAUUUUUUUGAAGGGUAAAUGAAUACAAGCAAGAAGGUGAAAAUGCUGAACUAUCCAAGACAGCUGGGGAGCUGCUUGAAAAUGCUGAGGAUCCAAAGUUUGCAAACUCAAAGGUACAUGUAAUUAUGGACUAUUAACCCUUUACAACCUAGCAUCAGUAUGCACAUUCUCUAUACUGUUCUCUAUACAUUUUGUAAGGUGGUGGCAAGGAGAAUUUGUUUAACAAUCAAGAGCUACAGUGUUUAGUUGGUGAUCAUUUCCCUUAUUCUCAUGACUUAAAUGUGUGACUCAGGGGUGAUAUUGUAGGGAGAAUUUAGAUGCUAGUCAUUCUCAGGGGUCAAAGGGUUAAUUAGUUUUAAUAGUUUUGAAAUGAUUGUAGGGAUAUUUAAUUUUCUGAGUCAAUUUAAGUGGAAAUUUCCCGAUUAAUAUCAGUUUUAACUGACCUGCAAAGGAUAUAUUACUUUAAGGAAACAUCAAUAUAUAGUUAUCUGUACUUGAAAACUUUUCUCAAUGAGCUUAGGUCAUAAAUUUCUCUAAAAAUAUGGAAAAUGAAUUCAGUGCCAAUAGUGAGGAGAAUUUUCAUGUUGAACUCCAUGCUAUCUUGUAAAUUCCCUUAAUGGUCUUUCUUUUCUUUCCAGUUUAUGAAGUUUGUAAAGAAACUUAGAGAUGGUGAAUACACAAUUGAAAAUAACCAGGCAUGUUGAAAAUUCAUUUUUACUCCAAAUUGUUAGACAAUGAUACUUCUUUAUUUUUACAAUCAUCUUACCAAGGAGUGGAAAUUUUAUUUGAUUUAAGAAUUGGUUCCAUUAUUUGAGAUUGAGAGAAAGAUAUAUAUGUUAUAUUUUGAGUUCAGCCUAAAACUUCUCCUUGCUUCUUGUGCUGUGUUAUCUAUAGUUUUUUUCUCCUGAGCAACUCCCUCAAGAGUAACCAGUAAUUUACAAUACAACAUUGUCCCAUCCAAGGGGAAUUUUAAUACUAGUUACUGUCAGAAACAUGGAAGCCUUUCAGGUGCAUGAAGAGUUUAGGCCUUGAGUGUCAACCUAGCUCACUUCAAACUUUGUCACCAAACUUUCUUGCAGACUCACCUCAAACUUUCUUGCAGACUCACCUCAAACUUUCUUGCAGACUCACCUCAAACUUUCUUGCAGACUCACCUCAAACUUUCUUGCAGACUCACCUCAAACUUUCUUGCAGACUCACCUCAAACUUUCUUGCAUACUCACCUCAAACUUUCUCAAAGAUUCACUUCAAACUUUUUCAUAUACUCACCUCAAACUUUCUCACAGACUCACCUCAAACUUUUGCAUAGGUGAGGAAAUGCUUGUGCCACAGAGCUCACAUUGAGGGUCUGCCCAUAAGCCGGGAUUAGGGAUGGCUCCGGUGGUAUCUGCAGCAUUAAUCUUGAUUGGUCAUAUUGCUUUCUCUAGGUAAUUGACACAAAGACUGGGCAAGAGGUUGAUGAAGACACUGAGGCUGCAGAAGAGUGGGUGGAUGAGUAUGAGAAAUUUAGGUCAACUGAGGCUGAUGAUUGGAUCAAAGAGUUAACAUCUGCAGCCCACGAACAAAAGGUAUUUAGUCACAUGAUAGGACUGUUUCCAGAAUGACUACACGAUGACAGAAUGAAGACUGUUUAAAGGUUUCCGUCUUUUUAAAGGCCUUUCUUUGAUGAAGCUAAAAUUACUCUACAAAAGGAGCAUGGCUCUGUUCUCUCUGCAAGUUAUCUUAGAGAACAGUUGAUUAUACAGAUUAAACCUGAUUAUAGACCUGAUGAUCUGAAUAAUUAAACGUGAUUAUUUGCAGUCAAAUUUGGAAUUUUGGGAUCGCUUGGAAGGAGAGUGGGAUGACCUAAUUAGGUAAGUUAAAGUUGUGUCUAAAAAGAUUCAUUUGAUUGGGUCUUACUCAUGAUCUAUUGGAAAAAAGAUGCAUACAUUAUGUCGCCAUUAAAAACUUUUUGCCUCUUUAUGUGUAGAAAAAUUACAUUUUAUUUUGCCAUGGGUCUGUUCAUGUAUAGAUCACAGAAUAUGUCAAAAUGUGGUAAGGGCAUCAAUUACACUAGGUUGCGCCUCAUGUUUCAUUUUUCUUGGUCUUACCACAUUUUGGAGUCAUCCAUGAUGUAAUACUGAACAGCCGCACAGUAACAUGGAAUCUAUGAGUUAAAUUGAAAGUAUGUAUGAAUUCCAAUCCAGAAUUGAAAAUCUCAACCAUACCAAAACAAUUACAUUGGUCAGUUGCAACCAAUACAAUGCCAGCAACAAAAUGAACCAAUGAAAAGGCAAGGCCAUGAAAGAACAUGCAACUGACACCAGCAUGCAAACCGAGUUGUGAUUGGGUUUGUUUUUGAACUGUUGAAGUAGGCGCAGUUCCUCUGACCUAAUCAAAACGCUUUACUUGAAAGAAAUUUUUGCUUUUGGGAUUGAUUUAUUCAUUUUGCCAGAAAAUAAUUAAAAACAUUUACAAUACUUAUUUAAGAACAUGCACACACCAUUGUACAAGUUUUUUUUUAUUUCUGGCGAGGAAGCUCAACUUGGAAACCAUUUGUGGACUAUUUUUAAUAGAACAUAGUUAAAAUAAAAAAGACAAAGCAAAAGAGAGAAAAAUGUCAAAAGAAAAAUUACAGUUCAAAAAUAUACAAAAUACAAACACAUAUACCAAAAGGAAGCGAGCAGACACACUGGAUAUAUGGUGUCUAGUAAACUCACGCUUCCCACCUUUACUGCCAUCAGCUGCGAGAUCAAAUCCAAUCACGACAUGUUCCCUCCCACUUUACGCCAUUUUUAUGUUUUUACUUUGAGUUUUCAUUGGCUCUUUGCGAUAUCUAUCUUUAUUCUAAUGGCCGUUUUGAUAACCUUGGAUUUUUAUUUUACGACACUCGAGCGAAAUGCGCUCAAUACAACAGCCUUGAGUUACAACAUUUGAGCGAUCAUUCUGAAUUCCUAAAUGCGAAAGGAGAUUAUCAAUAAAUAUUUCUGAGAGGGGUUUUGAAGAGAAAUGGCUUGAUUCAGUGACAGGUCUUUUGUUGUUGUUUCAAGGAUUCUGCGAACACACCAUAGGUAUCCAGUGACUAUUCAGCCAUAAUGUUGUUCGUGUUGGUUGCUUUUUUGUUUCAGACGUGAUGGUGAAGACGCUCAUUCCUGGUACAGUCAAAGUGAUGCUACAGUGAACAAGGUUAGUUUUACACCACUUCGCGUUCAUUUAGGAAAGCGGAGUUCGAUAGUGAAAGACGCCUUAGCAGCGGCGAAGCGAAAAAAAAAAAGGAGGGAGGUUUGGGUAGGUUGUGUUAUAUAAUCACCAGGAAAGACUCGUUACCAGUUUUUGAUAUUUGCCACUUUGUAAAACGUCUUUACAGGAGUAUACUUUCGAAGAAGAUAAUCCACUCAUAGAUCAUCCAAACCCGUUUGAGGAGGGACUGAAAAAGCUUAAAGAAGGAGACUUGAUUAGUGCUAUUUUGUUAUUUGAAGCAGAGGUAUGGGUACUUCCGUUGUUAACUUCUUGAUACUCUUUUAACUCUUUAAUUCCCAAGAUCUGAUUGUUCAUUCUCCCCUUUAGCUGCUACACAUUUCCUUGCAAAUUAGUUAUGAGAAUUUGGUGUUAGAUCAGGAUAAAAACCUCUAUCGGAUACGUUUGAGUACUCUCAUUACCUGUUUGUUGGAUAAUAUAUGAAUAUUAUAGGGAGAAGUUUCAUGUUAAUCACCUCUGGGAGAGGGUUAAGUAUAUAUACAGCUACAUCAAGAACUAUUCUCUUCUUGCAUCUCGAUUUUGAAUGUAAACAGGUAAAUACAAUACAGCAAUUUGGGACAGUUGACUAGGGGGACUUUUGCAUCUGUUUGGUUGAAGAGUUGACGUCAGUUUUCUGGGCCAGUCGUUGAGCAAAGUGAUUUUGCAUCUCGGUCUUCUAUAUCAAUUUUGAUUGUAAACGCGUCUAACAAAAUACACCCUUUCGGGACUCAUAACUGGAGAGACUUUUGCAUCAUGAACCAUUUUGUCCUUUAUAAAUUUUGCGGACUUUAUACAGGUAGUGUAUUUGCGUGACUGUUACGUAGUCUAUUAAGAAAGGGUUGUGUGACCGGUCUGGCUUUAAAGAAGUGAAUUGUUGAUAUUACUUUGAUGCUAUUUCAGGUGAAGCAGAGGCCAGAACAUGCUGAGGUAAGUUGAUACAAAAUAAUGUUUUUUUUACCUAGAAAUGUAAAACUUAUUGUAUAACUCGAACUGCGAGAAGAACCUAGCCUGUGUAAACCCGAAGUUUUAAUCUUGCGGCUCCGCCUAUUGUAGGCUCAGUCUCCAGGGUGGCUUGGUGCGCCCGCGAACCCUUCUUAGACAGGUUCGUAGGUGUACUGAAUGACCUCCACGGGAGACUUAGUCUAACCUGCUUUGAAACUUCCAAAAAAUAUCCAUCAACGUAAGCAAGUUGCAACUGACUCGAAAGAUCGAUGGUCAUCCUUUGCUGAGAGUGCCACUUUAAAUCAAGCUGGCGGAGCACGUUUUGCACCAAUGCAGAAUUGACCAUUAUAAUCCAGGAGUAGUGCCGAUCUAGUUUGGUUUAAGCUAUCCCCUGGUAUAUACUGUGACCUAAAAUUUCCCCUCUUGUUUGCAGGCGUGGCAGUAUUUAGGAACAAGUCAAGCAGAAAACGAGCAAGAUAUUGCAGCAAUAAUUGCUUUGAAUAAGUAAGUGCUGGGAGUGAAAACAGAUAUGAAGUGCGGGAAAAAAACGUUUGACCAACCUCAAAUGCGGGAAAACCUGUAGCUUCGAUUGGUUAUCAAUUGAUAAACCAAUCACCUUUAUUUAUUGGUUUAGAAGGUGACGUAAGUAUUCUUGACCAAUCACAGAGCUCAGUAAGGCAGGAUGACUUUCGACACUCAAUUGAAAAUUCCUUCUAAACAACGAGGGGAGGAUCAAAUGGUGAAUAUAAUGCAUUUUGUCUUUGUAGAUGCCUCGAAUCACAGCCAGAUAAUUUGACAGCGCUUAUGGCUCUGGCAGUAAGUUACACCAAUGAAUCCAUGCAAUCACAGGUAACUACUUAACUUAUUCAACGAAAAAUUACGGUUAAGGUUUUCCCAAGGUGCGUUCUGCAAAGCGUUUUACAAUAUAAAGUGUUGCGUUAUUGAAGUUGAAAUCAUUGUUUUUUGUCCACGCAAACAAUUUCGCUUCAACUUUUCCAAGAAUAACCGGACUUAGAAAAUGGCCCUAAUGAACUCAAGGGACGGCGUUGUAAUGCUAUGAGCUGUAAGAUUUCCUGUAAAUAGGGGCGCAUUUUUAUGGAAUGUAUUAAAUUUAAAACUUAGGUUAUCGCAACAGCUAAAAAGAAUAGAGGAAAAUAUCACAGUUAUCCUGAGAUAAAGCGGGAAAACCAGUUACGAGCAAGUCGUGACUGGUUUUAGUAUUGCAUCUGAUUGGUUGAGGUGGUGGCGCGAGUUUUCUAAACCGAUCGCAGAGUAAAGUAUACCAAAACGAGGCAAACCCGGAUUACUUUCGAUACUCAAUUGAAAAUUGCUCUUAAGAAAAACCACUAUAAUGGCGGGUUACUCUCUGAGUCCAAUUAAAGGUGCUCGGACUACCUUACGAUUGGCUUGACAUGAUCAUCUUCUCUCGAAGUGGUCUUUGAGGACUUCUAUUGUGCAAAGCUUUUCUCUCUGGAGGCUUUUUUUAAAUAACUUUUUCGAUUAUUAUAUAUUUUGCAGGCCUGUCGGACCUUAAAAGCUUGGUUAAAGGCUAACCCACGGUGAGUAAAGAAAAUCAGCUCAGUCUAUGAUAAAAAACUGUGGUGCUACAUCGGAAGAGGGUAUUAUGGAGGAACCUAUUCGCUCUGACGAAGGGCUAACGCGCGAAAGGUCAGCUUUAUAAACUCUUUUUGGUGGCAGAUUAUCUACGCAGUUGUUAAAAAUUAGAUUAUCUUGAAUGGUGAAACGCCGAGUUGUUGGGUGAUUAUUGAAGUGGUGACGUUCAUUUGAAAAGGCUGGACACCCUCUCCUGGAUCUGGCACCAAAUAAUCUGCUUGUGAGCUGCGUGUGACGUUCCAUCACGAGUAAUUUACAUUUCCAGGUAGUAACUGUUUUUUGUUAUUGCAUCGUCAGGUACACUGACCUUGUGGCCAAUGAGCCCGCGGGAUCAGAGACCGGUGCCCGGUCGCGGUUAGUGACGUCAUCUAUUAUGUCAUCGGAGAUGUACGAUGAGAUAAGAGACUUGUAUAUCUCAGCUGCGCAAAGGGCUCCAGUGAAUGAUAUCGACGCAAACGUACAGGCAAGCUAUAGUAGCCGUUCAAUAUGUUUGGAUUUGGGUCCAGAUUAGGUUCAGUACAUCAACUCGAAGCUCACUGGUAAACUUUUCGUGUGAAAGAAAAUUUAAAAAGGCGAAGAAAUUUUUCCAACUUGGCCUACUUGGCUCUUCAUUCUCAAUUAUUUCCAUCAGGAAAGUCUUUUACUUGUGUCAUCUAACUGUACAAGACCAUACAAGACCUGUAAGCCUCGCUUCUGUGUACUCGACCCAGUUUUCCUUCAGUUCAAGCCCUCCAUCCAGCCCACCCUAACUCUUAAUUGCACUCUUUUAAUGAUGCGGGAGUAGAUUCUCAGAAACCGAUCCAACCCUGUCGACCGUGCGACGUACAUUUAAUGCUGUUUUAAGUUUGUAAGUUGAAUUUUUCCUCCUCCCUUCUCCCCUCACAGGUCGGUCUCGGCGUUUUGUUUAACUUGUCUGGGGAGUAUGACAAGGCAGUCGAUUGUUUCCAGGCCGGACUGCACGCCCUGCCAAAUGAUGCUCUUCUAUGGAACAGAUUAGGCGCCACGUUGGCGAACGGCGGGCGCAGCGAGGAAGCCGUCGAUGCAUACAGACAUGCGCUGAAUCUCAGCCCGGGGUUUAUCCGGUGUCGAUACAAUUUGGGAAUCAGCUGUAUAAACUUGAAUGCUCACAGACAAGCGGUGGAUCACCUGCUAACUGCGUUGAAUAUGCAGAGAAAGGUAUGGUCUAUCCCUAAUUAAGAGAUACUCCGAUUUCAGUCGUCAGUGGUGAGUAAGAAAGUUGAUAUGGGAGAUGAAGCACUCUUUAAAAGCAAAGGAAACCUCGCUAGUGUUUUAUUUUAUACAGAUCACUCGAACUGAAAUGUGGCAGGCCUAGGCAGUAAUAUAUUAAUUUCUCUCUGAGUUUGGGGUUUUAACUAAAAAUAACCUUGUUUAGUGACGCGAAGCGUUUCUUACGGUACUUGUUAACUUAAGACGCAAGCGUCGUCAAAAUCAGGCCAGGCAAGGCCAUUUCCCUUCAAAACUACCGGAAGCCUGUCAAAACGUCCCUAGUUGCAGAGUUGCCACAAAGUACUUCCCGUGUUCAGCCAUCACCGAAAACUACUGUCAUGAGUAAAUGUACCCAUAAAUUUGUGAAGAUGUGAAGCCGCGCUUUGUUUUUGUUCGGCUCCAAACUUUUCACCUAUACCGUGAUUUAAACUUUUUACAGUUUUCUUACUUCGUAGAAGACUAUUUAGAAAAUGACCUUGUUUAUUCGUCACGGAAGUGUCAUUGAUCUACUUACUUAAAUCUCUUCGAUUACCACUUUUUACCCAGGGUACAAUUGGACCAGGGGGCUCAGUCUCUACAAUGUCUGACAACAUUUGGUCGACGCUGCGCAUGACUCUGUCACUGAUGGGCAGGUCUGACCUCCAUAAAGCAGUCGAUACACGUGACUUGGAUCAUCUCAACGCAGUCUUUCACGCGGAUUCGCACAAUGAUGGAGCGAUUACUGUUUAAACGUCACAAGCGUGACAAUCGUGUCAUUACUGGGAUGAGCGCCGUCAGUAUUCGAUUGCUCUUUGAGGAAAAUUGCAUCCAAGAAGGUUUUGUCUUCGGCGACGUUUGGAUAAAAUUUGAGAGAUAUUUCAAUGUGUUAAGACCGUGUGUUUUGUAAUUGGUCUCGAACAACAACAACAAUUUACAGCAACAGCAGCACUUGCUACCUUUUACCGAGGAAAAUGGAAUAAUUCACGAUGAGAUGACGUCUUUCAGAAGAAAGUUGAUUUACUUUUCAUCGACUUGAAAGCGCCGACCUUGAACGAAGAAUGGAAACCUAAGCACAACUUACAUGAGACAAUUACCAAAGAGUGGCUCGUGUGCCAAUUGUUAAUUUUAUUGAUUAAGGUCAAUGCAAUGCAAUAUUUAAAGGGUUUAAUAUAUGAUGUAUGUUUAUUAAGCCCUGUUAAUAUCCACAAUUAUGAAUUCAAGUUAUGCAUGGAAAAGGAAAAAAGGGG